AUGGCCGACUCCGCGCCGCUCGCCUCGCUCUCCCUCACGCACGUCUACUACGACCCCGACGACCUCCUCUCCCUCGUCUGCGCCUACCUCGCGCUCGUCCCGCAGUCCCUCUGCAUCGUCUACGCCACCCUCGUGCUCGCCACGCGCGAGGCCGAGAUCGCCCUCGCCCUCGCAGGGCAGCUCGCCUGCGAGGCCCUCAACUUUGCCCUCAAGCGCCUCAUCAAGGAGGAGCGCCCGCGCCGCAUCCACGGCAAGGGUUACGGCAUGCCCUCGUCGCACGCGCAGUUUGUCGCCUUUUGGAGCGUCUCGCUCGCGCUGUUCCUGCUCCUGCGGCAUCGGCCUAGUGGCGUGGCGGCGACUACUCGCGCUCGUACGAAUGGCUCUGCGGCAAAGGGAGCGAUGCGCAGACUGGGCGCGAGCGUGAGCGUCGACGGCCUGCACCGCCCCUGGUCCCUCCCCGAGCGCCUCGCCGUCAGCCUCGCCGCCGCGGGCGUCGCCGCCGCCGUCGCCUGCAGCCGCGUCUACCUCGACUACCACACCCCGCGGCAGGUCCUCGCGGGGGCCGCCGCGGGCGUCGCCUCCGCGCUGGGCUGGUUCGCCGCCACGGCCGUCCUGCGCCGCUCCGGCUGGCUCGCCUGGGCGCUCGACACGCCCCUCGCCCGCGCCCUGCGCGUCCGCGACCUCGCCGUCGAGGAGGACAUGUGCCAGGCCGGCUGGGAGAAGUGGGAGGCCAAGCGCGCCGCCGCCGCCGCUGGUGCUGCUGCUGCUGAUGGCGAUGACGCUGCUCUUGCCAAGGUCGACGGCAAGACCAAGACGGGGUGA